AUGGAUUCUCCUCUCGAUGGAGCUGCAGGUGACUCAACGAAAUUCAGUGAAAUGAGUGUUGAUGAGAAGAGACAGCUUGUGUAUUCUCUGUCGAAGCAAUCGGAUCUAGCUUCUGAAGUGUUGCAGGCAUGGACUCGCCAAGAGAUUCUGCAGAUCUUAUGCGCAGAACUGGGGAAAGAAAGGAAAUACACUGGCUUGACCAAGAUCAAGAUCAUCGAGACUCUUUUGAAAAUCGUAGCCGAGAAGAAAUCUGGAGAAAAUGAAGGGAAGAAGAGAGAUUCUGAUUGUUUGCCUGUUCAGAGAAACACAAAGAGACAGAGGAAAGUCGAUAAUCCUUCUCGUUAUGUGACUCCAACGAGCAACAAUGCCUCAGGGAGCUCAAACUCGGUGAACACUAAAGGUGAGGAGAAUUCUGUCUUCUGCAAGAAUUUGGCUUGCAGGGCCAUAAUGGGAAAGGAAGACUCGUUUUGCAGAAGGUGUUCUUGUUGCGUUUGUCGUAAGUAUGAUGACAACAAAGACCCUAGUCUCUGGCUGACUUGUAGCUCAGAUCCUCCAUUUGAAGGUGAUUCUUGCGGAUUCUCUUGUCAUCUUGAAUGUGCUUUCAAGAUUGAAAAAUCCGGUCUUGCUAAAGACGAGCAAAGUGAGAGAUGCUGCUGUUUCUACUGCGUCUCCUGCGGUAAAACAAACAGUUUGCUUGAGUGUUGGAAGAAGCAGUUGACGAUUGCUAAAGAAACCAGAAGGGUCGACGUGCUCUGUUACCGUCUUUUACUAGUCCAGAAACUUUUAAAAGGCUCGACGACGAGUUACCAGAAUCUCUGCGAGGCUGUGGAUGAAGCUGUGAAGAGCCUUGAAGCUGAUGUUGGUCCUCUCACUGGUCUCCCUACGAAAAUGGGUAGAGGAAUCGUCAACAGGCUUCAAUCAGGACCUAAUGUGCAGAAACUUUGCUCCUCUGCUCUUGAAUCUCUUGAGGCUCUUGAAACCACACCACCUUCCAAGCUGCAGCACGAUUGUUCUUAUGGAUUGAGCAAUGAGACUGCAACAACAGUAUCAACAACCAAGAUCAGAUUUGAGGAUGUUAACGCGACUUCACUCACGGUUGUUCUCGCCUCUAAUGAAGUCGCUUCACCUGCAAACAUCGUUCAUUACAGUAUCUGGCAUCGCAAGGUCACUGAGAAAGAUUACCCUGAGAAGUCGACUUGCACGUUGUUUACUCCAAACACAAGAUUUGUUGUCUCUGGAUUAGCUCCAGCUUCUGAGUAUUGCUUCAAAGUUGUGUCCUUUAGCGGAACCAGAGAAUUAGGAGUCGAUGAGAUCAAUGUUUUGACUCGUAGCCCUGAAGAAGGAGCAAAUUGCUCUUCCGUAGUUGAAAGAAGUGAAAGCCCUCUCACGAAUUGCAGCACAUUGUCUUCUGCUACUCCUCCUUCCAUUGAAGCUGAGUCCAACAACGGUUACAUUGUUCCUCAGAAUCUAUCUCAGAGCGACAAAAAGGAUUCUUCUUUGAUCGAGGAAAAGAGGACAACCGAGUCAGACAUUGUACAGAUUGGGAAGAACGUUGAAGAAAUUGUGUUGCUGGAUGAGGAGGAAGAAGCUGUGACUGAUAAGAACGGUUCCGGUUACGAAGCUCCGGUCCCGGUUACGACGACGAAUCUUGUUAGUAACCGGAACAAUUCGGAAGCGAGUUUGCUGAUUACUCCCUUCAAGUCAGACCAAUCCAAGAACCGUCAAGCAAGAAAUGGAGUGAAAGACAACUGUAAUAACGGUGAUCACUCGGCGAACGGAGGAGCAGAGAGUGGAUUGGAGCAUUGUGUGAAGAUCAUAAGACAGCUCGAGUGCUCAGGACACAUUGGGAAAGAUUUCAGGCAGAAGUUUCUGACUUGGUACAGCUUAAGAGCGACGCAGCAAGAGAUUAGAGUUGUGAAGAUUUACAUCGAUACGUUCACUGAUGAUCCCAUGGCAUUAGCUGAGCAGCUUGUUCAUACUUUCGACGACCGCGUUUCGAUCAAGCGUUCUGCGACUGGCGGUGGUGCGUCUGCGGUUGUUCCGUCUGGUUUCUGCAUGAAGUUGUGGCAUUAG